GGUGCCGAAAAUUGAAGAAAAUCCCGGUGUUUUUGAGCAAUAUUUGCGAAAAAUUUCUUUGUAAUAUUAAAAAAACCGCUGCCUCAAAAUUCAGGGUUUGGAGAAGAUAACAGUAAAGCUACGGAAGAUGCAAAAGUACGAGAAACUGGAGAAAAUUGGUGAGGGUACGUAUGGUACAGUAUUUAAAGGAAAAAAUCGCGAUACUUUGGAAAUUGUGGCCCUGAAAAGAGUCCGCCUAGAUGAAGACGACGAAGGAGUUCCCAGCUCGGCUCUGCGAGAAAUCUGUUUGUUAAAGGAACUAAAGCAUAAGAAUAUUGUACGACUUUAUGAUGUUCUUCAUUCGGAUAAGAAGCUGACACUUGUUUUCGAACAUUGCGAUCAAGAUCUUAAGAAAUAUUUCGAUAGUCUCAACGGCGAGAUUGACCCGGAUGUGGUCAAAAGUUUCAUGUACCAACUUUUGCGAGGGCUAGCUUUUUGUCAUAGUCAUAAUGUCCUACAUAGAGAUCUUAAGCCGCAAAAUUUGCUAAUCAAUAAGAAUGGCGAACUGAAAUUGGCCGAUUUUGGACUUGCUAGAGCUUUUGGCAUUCCUGUCAAAUGUUACUCGGCUGAAGUUGUAACGUUAUGGUACCGACCUCCAGAUGUGCUGUUUGGAGCGAAACUAUACACGACCAGCAUUGACAUGUGGUCAGCCGGGUGUAUUUUUGCCGAAUUAGCUAACGCUGGAAGGCCGCUUUUCCCCGGCUCCGAUGUCGACGAUCAGUUGAAACGAAUCUUUAAACUUCUUGGCACACCAACAGAGGAUACAUGGCCAGGAAUCACGCAGCUUUCAGACUAUAAACCAUUUCCCCUUUACCCUCCAACAACUUCGUGGAGCCAGGUGGUGCCUCGGCUAAACUCCAAAGGCCGGGAUCUACUGCAGAAAUUGCUCAUUUGCCGUCCCACACUGCGGCUUAGUGCAGAGCAAGCAAUGGCGCAUCCGUAUUUUACGGAAAACUGAAAACGAUUAUAGCAGCUAAAAUCGUUCCUUACGAGUACUAG